CGACAGUCACGCGACGUUGAAAUAUACGACUCGUCGUGAGUCUUGAACGCAGCACCAGAGGAGCAUACAGCCACAGACGUUGGUGAAGUUUACACUGUCAACAAACUCCAAACUAGUUGGCUGUACGUCCAAAUACGCUCCAUUUUGCUAAUGCAAAGUCCUUUUUUUCCCCCGCCACAGUUAAUAUGAGCCUUUUCAGACAGCCAGAGGUAGAUGGGAUAUGUUGACUGUUUAGAGAAAGCACAGGACAGACGGAGACCUACGUUAUGUCAGCCCUGGACAGACCCGCGGCGGAGCUCACCGUCAUGGACGUGUACGACAUCGCGGCGGUGCUCGGACACGAGUUUGAGCGGGUCAUAGAUAAAUUCGGUUGCGAGUGCCUGGUCGGAGUGGUGCCUCGGGUGGUACGGGUGUUGGAGCUACUGGAGGCGUUGGUCAGCCGCGGAGCAGGCGGGCACGAGGCCGAGGACUUGCGGGGAGAGCUGGAGAGGCUGCGCCGGGAACGGAGCGACAGAUCCGGGCAGGAGAGGAAGCAUCAGACGGAGUUGGAGCAGGUGGAGGAGGUAUGGCGAGGGGAAGUCCAGGACCUGCUAUCUCAGAUCGCACAGCUCCAGGCCGAGAACAAGAGGCUCUCAGUGAGCCUCUCUCUUAAGGAGUCCAGCAUCACGGAGGAGGACCCACAAACAGAGGGAACAUCAGAGAAAGAAAAUCAAGAAUUGAAGAAGCUUCAAGACUCGGUGGAUAAACAGAGAGAUGAAAUCCGGGCUAAAGACCGCGAGCUGUUGCUCCGAAAUGAGGAUGUCGAAGCACUCCAACUGCAGCAGCAUCGGCUGAUGAGGAUCAACCAGGACCUUCUUCACAGGGUAGCGGUGCUGGAGGCUCAGGGCAAAAUGGUGAUUCAGCAGAGGGCUGAGCUGGAGGCAGCAGCUCAGGCACGGCAGCAGGAGCUGGGAGCUCUGCAGAUGGAGGUCUCUGGGCUGAGAAAAGAGCUCCAGGAGAGAGAACUAGAGAGACAACUAGCAGAGUUGGAAGAUUUCCCUCUUUCAAGGUCUAGGAUGUCACCACCUCAGCCUCUAACAACAAUCCAGUCUGUAGCAACAAGUUGUGAGUCUGUCAAGCCAGUGUCAGUGUGGGUGGAGUGUGCGGGGGACCCCGGCUUUGCCACAAAGUGCUUUGAGUGUGACGAAAAUCUCUCCCAUCUACCAAAGUUUUCUCAUGGAGAGGAUGAUGAGAAAAGCUUUGACACAGACGAGAACAUGGCAGCUCAGUUAAUGAGUGGAUCAGCUGGGCCAGAGCCAGAAGAGGGGACGGACAGCCCAGAUCCAGAGUCAGACAAAGCUCGAUUCACCCUGCAGGAGCUGCGGGACGUCCUUCAGGAGAGGAACGAGCUCAAAGCCCAGGUUUUCGUGCUCCAGGAAGAGCUGGCAUAUUAUAAAAGUGAGGAGUUUGAGGAUGACAUCAGUCCCCUCGUUCCUGCUCCAUCUCAUCCGCCGCUCUCAAGUGAUCCGCAGGAAUCAGGAAUAAGACGAUUGAUCUUCACCGCCAUAAUGCCAAUGGUGGCAGCUGGUUUGAUCACGGAUGACCCCACACUGAUGCCAAUCAGAAGACUUGUUUCAUUUCUGUCCACUAUGGAAUUCGGUGAGGAGUCGUCGCCUGCUCUGGCUCUCGAGAAGGACGCGUUUGAGCUCACCGUCGAAGAUGUGUAUGACAUUUCGUACGUGAUCGGACGGGAUCUGUUCAAAAUAAGCAGCGCGGGAGAGGAGGUUUCGGAUCUGCAGUUCAAGAUCGUCCGGGUUCUGGAGAUGUUUGAGACUCUGGUAAACAAAUACAACCUGUCUCUGGAGGAGCUGAAAAUGGAGCGGGACAACCUCAAGAGCGAACUGGACCGGAUCAUCCAGGAGGGCACCUCCACCGGACAGGGCACUCCAACAGCGGGACCGAACCAGCUGGUGGUGGACAUGACUGACCCCAACAGACCCCGAUUCACCAUGCAGGAGCUGAAGGAGGUCCUGCAGGAGAGGAACCAGCUGAAGGCCCAGCUCAUGGUGGCGCAAGAGGAGCUCCAGCUGUACAAGAGCGGGAUUCUACCGCGUGCCGAGCCAGCCAUGGUAGAAGUGGAUCUGGAAACACCAGCAGCCACAGAGCACAGCCCGGCCACCAUAAACGAGAAGACAACCAUAGGGAAACUGUUCUCAUUCAGGCGGAAAUGAGAAAAACCCUUUCGCAAGAGGCAAACAGGACUUGUCGGGACAAUUUGAACUUUUUAUAACAUGUUGAUCUAACAAGCACAAUAUUUUGUACUUUAAUUAUAACCUCAGAUGUUUUUUGUUUUUUUAGUAUUACUGAGUUGCGGUAGAAUCAAUCAGAUGAAGAGAACUGAUCACAAGAAAACUGGAAAGUAUAAACCAACUCGUGUUAUCAUGUUGAGAUGCAGUUUUAAAAAAAAAAUGUAAAUCAAAAUCAGGCCUUUAACUUUGAUAAACUGUCAAUAUUAUAAAAAAAAUAAUAGAAAGGCCACUCACAUUUGAUGAAUUAAAAGGUUUACAUUUGACCUGAUACAGGUGUUUAUAAAGCUCUGAUUUCAUGUCAGUACAAAGACAUGACAGGAAACAGAGGACAAAUAAUGGCCUCUGUCCUGAAAUACAGCACUAUUUUAAAAAACCUGUGUCAACGUCAGUCUUGAGAGUAGUAGUAACCUUAGUGAUUUGCAGAUCGUUUCGAGGCUGAUUAAUUCAAACUGUUGAAACAGUGUUUUUUAGUUUAUUAUUAGCAAGCAUUCAAAAUUCUUUCGAGAAUCCUUUACUUUGUAAAUAAGCCAUUAAGUGUUCUGUCGUUUUGGCUGGAGGGGGGUCGAACUGGGCAAAUUCAUCAUGAAGCUUAUUAUUCACACGUUUCCAUUUGAAAGAACUAGUUUUCAGUUGGACAUACUGUGAAAAUUGAGAUUUUCCUCACUUCAGUGCUGUGAAAAGAAUGUGGGGGCAGACUACAACUCACCCUUUGCUGCUUGCUUAAACCCUUUUCUUUGUGUUAAAUCUUAACAGGUCCUCCCAUAAUCAUGGUUAAAAAAGACUUUUAAUCGUCCUAAAUUUUCUUUUGCACUGGCUGGAAUGAAACUUUAUUCAAUAGUUGGCAUUUCCCAGCAUAUAAUUCAUAACAAAGAGAAAACCCUAUGAACAUUGUAACAUUACCUGUGAGGAAAAAUAAUUCUUCAGCGUUUUCAGCCUCUGGCUGCAUUUAACUUAGAAAUAUAUAAAAGCACAAUAAAAGCAAAUUUAGCAAAAA